GAAAAUAUAAUAAAAUCUUAAUAUUAUAUCAAUGAGACUAAUAUAACACCGCUGGAAAUAAGUGAAACCUAUUUAAAUGACUCAUUUUCAGAUUGAGCAGAUACUGACAACCUGAAACCAUCCAGCCGUGAGAUAACAUUACACAUUAACCACCAAUGAGAGAAGUUUAGCUUUCAUCCGGCCUUUAUCUUGCUGACAAAACACUUAAAAUGUCCCGGAAUAAGAGAGCGAGUAUUAAAGGUCACUAAUAGUGAGCCACCAGUCAGAUCCUCUUUAUCAUCACACACAGAGAGACACUUAUCUGAAGACUCUCAAUCGCUUCCCUGAGGACGCACCUUCCAUUAUCACAGCAGGAAUGAAGCUGAAGCUCCCCAACCCGGGUCUGGAUGAGCGGAUCCCCUCUCACGCCGAGCUGGAGAAGCUGGAGGUGGAGGAGGCUGGAGAGCGGCCGCAGUGGGACAACAAAGCCCAGUACAUGCUGACCUGUGUGGGCUUCUGUGUUGGGCUGGGCAACGUCUGGAGGUUCCCCUACCUCUGCCAGAGCCACGGAGGAGGAGCGUUCAUGAUCCCGUUCCUGAUUCUUCUGGUUCUGGAGGGAAUUCCGCUCCUGCACAUGGAGUUUGCCAUCGGACAGAGACUGAGGAAGGGCAGCGUCGGCGUCUGGAGAUCCAUCAGCCCGUCUCUCACUGGAGUCGGUAUCGCCUCCAUGCUGGCUUCCUUCAUAGUGGGGAUGUACUACAACACCAUCAUGGCCUGGGUCAUGUGGUACUUCUUCAACUCGCUGCAAGAUCCUCUGCCGUGGAGUCACUGUCCAGUUAAUGCCAACAGAACAGGCCUGGAGCCAGAAUGCGCACGCAGCUCUCCGGUGGAUUACUUCUGGUACAGAGAGACUCUGAACAGCUCGACUGCGAUCGAGGAAUCCGGCGGGCUGCAGUGGUGGCUGGUGCUGUGUUUGUUCUGUGCUUGGACUGUGUUAUACGUCUGCUGUAUCAGAGGCAUCGAAACAACAGGGAAGGCUGUGUACAUAACAUCUACGUUACCUUACCUGGUCCUCACCAUCUUCCUGAUAAGAGCUCUGACCCUAAAAGGUUCUGUAAGCGGAAUCAAGUUCCUCUUCACUCCAGACGUGAAUGAGUUGAUUAAUCCAACGACUUGGUUGGACGCUGGAGCUCAGGUGCUGUUCUCCUUCUCUCUGGCGUUUGGAGGCCUCAUCUCCUUCUCCAGCUACAACUCUGUGCACAAUAACUGUGAGCAGGACGCUGUCACCAUUUCCAUCAUCAACGGCCUCACCUCGGUUUACUCCGCAACCGUCAUUUACUCCAUCAUCGGCUUCAGAGCCACGGAGAACUAUGAUGCAUGUCUCGAGAGUAACAUCCUGGCGCUGCUGAACGCGUUUGAUCUGCCGGAGGGAAACAUCACAGAGAGCAACUAUGACAGUGUUCUGCAGCAUCUCAACAGCACAUCACCAGCAGUCAUUCAGGAGCUCCAGCUCAAGACCUGCGACCUGCAGACGCUCCUCAGCGAGGGCGUUGAGGGAACCGGUCUGGCCUUCAUCGUGUUCACUGAGGCCAUCACCAAGAUGCCCAUCGCUCCUCUCUGGUCAGUGCUGUUCUUCAUCAUGCUCUUCUGUCUGGGACUGUCCACCAUGUUCGGGAACAUUGAGGGUGUGGUGGUGCCGCUUCAGGACCUCAACAUCCUCCCCAAAAAAUGGCCCAAAGAAUUGUUCACUGGUCUUACGUGUGUAGUGUCCUUCGUGACGGCGCUCAUAUUCGUCCAGUCCUCUGGUAACUACUGGCUGGCUCUGUUUGACGGCUUCGCCGGCUCGAUUCCUCUGCUGGUCAUCGCCUUCUGCGAGAUCAUCGCUGUCGUUUACGUCUAUGGGAUUGACAGGUUUAACGAAGACAUUAAGUUCAUGGUGGGACACAAGCCCAACAUCUUCUGGCAGGUGACGUGGCGGUUCCUCAGUCCCGCCAUCCUCCUGGUCAUUCUGAUCUUCUACUUCGUCACGACAGUCAGCAAACAGCUGACCUACAACGUCUGGGACCCUGAAUCGGAUAAUUUCCCAACGCUCAAAGAGGUGAACUACCCUAACUGGAUCAGCGCCGUCAUCUUCAUACUAGCCGGGAUUCCCUGUCUUUGCAUCCCUGGAGUCGCCAUCUUCCAAGCUUUGAGGAAAUGCUUCUCAAAGGGAAAGAAAACGAAAGAAGAGAGUGUCUUUUCAGAAAAAGGGCAAAUAAGUGUGAAUACAUUAGCGUAGUUUCCAUGUGUGACCAAACUAGCUUCCUUUUAACGGAAAACAUUUAGUCAAAGUGUCAUAUGUAGCAGAGUACAACGCACAAUGAAAUUCUUUUGUGGAUAAAGACAACAUGCAAUAUGCAAAAAUUAACACAAUGCAAACAUAAAUGACAUAAAAAAAUACUUAAACCACAAAAAGGAAGAAUGCAAUAUAAAUAUGUAUAAAGUGUAUACAGCGCAAAGUAAUUAAAAGUUACAUUUAAUAACAUUA